CCACAGAGUCUCCACCGUCAGAACCCCUCCCACGUGGACCCCAUCACAGCCCAUCCAGGCGUCGCCCUGGAGACCAGCUGCUCUCCUGAGGGGCCGGCGGAGGGAGAGUGCUGUAGGAGCUGCACCCCUCCGUCUGCACCACCUCCUCUGCCUACCAUGGGAGUGACCACCUUGGAAGGCGUGGAGGUCUGCCAGGAUGGGGAGGACUUUUGCCUGACCACAGAAGGAAGGAUGGAGGUGCUUGGUGCCCAGGAGUCAUCGAUGAGCGAGAUGUCACCGCAGAGGAAUAACGAGAACAGGUUACCUUUCCAGAUCUUCCCAGACCCAGUGGAGGUGUAUCUGAGUCCUGAGGGCUCUCCCAAUCACCUGCAGCAGUUCAGUCCCUCUGAGAAGGAACGGCUUCCCUCCAUCGUGGUGGAACCCACGGACGUGAGCGAAGUGGAGAGUGGCGAGUUACGGUGGCCCCCGGAGGACAUGGACUUCUGUUCUGAGGAGGAUGAAGAUCUGUUCCUGGAGCAGUGUAUCCCCCCGGCCAAUAUUGCAGACUGGGGAGAGGAGGAAGAGACGUCUGUUCUCAUCAACCACCAGCAGAACACAUCCCUCAUUGACCUCCAGUCAGAUGCGUUCAGGGAUGAAACACCCAUUCUACCACCUAGCGGUUCACCUGCCCUGAACUGAGCCACCAACCCCACCCCUACACCCCUGCUAUCUUCCUGAGGAAACCCCUCACAGACCAUGGGUCACAAGUCAACAUGAAACAGAUUACUGGACAGAAUGGAACUACAGUUCAAAUAUUGUCCAACAAUGAAAGAGGAUAAGCUUCUAUGUUAAUGUAAUAAGUUAAGUUAGACAGUAGUGUAAUGUUCUAUGCAAAAUGUCAUAAAUAAAACCAAGGACAGCUCUGA